GCCCAGGCUGCUUUAAUGGUUAGCCUUGAGGUGCUGCGCUCAUCCUACCAAGAGAUUUUUGAAGCACGGGCAAGCAUCGCGCGCAAACAUUUGUCCCAUCAAAUGUUCCUCAAUCACUCAGAAGCAUCGGUGGAGACCUGCUGCUCCCGUGGCUAUGAGUGGGCGAGUCAAAAGAAAGACUGUAGGUCUCUCCCUUCAGAUCUGGAUUCCAAGGAAUGCAGGAUAGCCCAGGAGCAGUGCUGCCUGAGUCAGCUGGAGGAGCUACACUGCACCACUGGAAUGGCCAUUGCUAAUAAGCAAGAAGACUGUGACUUGCCCAGAGAGAAUUCCACCUGUGAAGACAAGAUCAUUAAGAAAUGUUGUCACUGCUGCUUUUUGGGGAAGGAGGCCCAGAAACAAGGCAACAGCUGUGAACAGAGCCUCUUCAUGGGUUAUCAGUGCGGAUUGGUGUUCAGAGCUUGCUGUGUCGAAGGGCAAGAAAACGCAGAUGCUGUGAUCGUUGACGGUCCUAACAAAGACCUGGCUAACCUUGAGGAUCAUUAUCUGAAUGAUCGGUGCAGAGGUGGAGGUCCUUGUACCCAGCAGUGUAGGGACACAGGAUCCAGCGUCCUUUGCUCUUGUUUCAUGGGCUACCAGCUUCAGCCGGAUGGCUUCACUUGUGAAGAUAUUAAUGAGUGCAUCACCUCAGUCAGUGCCUGCAGCAUCGGGCAGGUCUGUGUCAAUACUGUGGGCUCUUUCCGUUGCCAGCGGGAGACGAGUUGUGGGACCGGUUAUGAGUUGACGGAGCACAAUCUCUGCAAAGAUAUUGACGAGUGUGAGACUGGUACUCAUAACUGCCUCCCCGAUUUUAUCUGUCAGAAUACGCCUGGAUCAUUCCGUUGCCGGCCCAAACAACAGUGUAAGAUCGGCUUUAUACAAGAUGCUCUCGGCAGCUGUAUUGAUAUUAAUGAAUGUGUGACUCUUGCUGCUCCUUGUCCUGCUGGGCAGUCCUGCAUCAACACAGAUGGCUCGUUUGCUUGCCAGAGGAACAUCCCGAACUGUGGAAGAGGCUACCACCUGAACGAAGAGAGGACCAGAUGUGUUGACGUAGACGAGUGUUCAGCAAUCCCUCAGCCUUGCGGGGAGGGUCACCUCUGCAUCAACUCCCCUGGGAGCUACCGUUGUCAAUGCCAGGCGGGCUACUAUUUUGAUGGCAUCAGCAGAACUUGCACAGAUAUUAAUGAAUGCCGCCGAUACCCUGGUCGCCUCUGUGCACACAAGUGUGAAAAUACCGCUGGGUCGUAUUAUUGUAGCUGUGCAGUGGGAUUCAGACUUUCAUCUGAUGGGCGGUCUUGUGACGACAUCAACGAGUGCGAAAGCAGUCCCUGCAGCCAGGAGUGUGCCAACGUCUAUGGGUCCUACCAGUGCUACUGCCGUCGCGGCUACCAGCUCAGUGACAUAGACGGGGUCACCUGUGAAGACAUUGACGAAUGUGCUUUGCCCACUGGGGGACACAUCUGUGCUUAUCGGUGCAUUAAUGUGCCAGGCAGUUUCCAGUGUACCUGCCCCUCUUCCGGUUACAAGCUGGCCCCCAACGCACGGAACUGUCAGGAUAUUGAUGAAUGUCUUACUGAAGCUCAUACCUGUUCACACAACCAGACCUGCUUUAAUAUUCAGGGAGGGUUCCGCUGCCUUUCUCUGGAAUGCCCGGAGAAUUAUCGCAAAUCUGGAGACACCCGCUGCGAGCGCCUGCCCUGCCAUGAGAGUAAGGAAUGCCAGCUGCUGCCCGCGCGAAUCACUUCCUACCACCUCUCUUUCCCCACCAACCUCCAGGCCCCCCUUGACAUUUUCCGCAUGGGCCCGUCCAAUGCCGUUGCCGGGGACCACCUUCACUUCGCCAUCCUGAGCGGGAACGAGGAGGGCUUUUUCGCGGUGAGGAAGGUGGACGGCCACCGGGGCGUCGUGUCUUUGCGGCGGCCCAUCCCAGAGCCCCGAGACCUCCUCGUGAGCAUCCAGAUGCAGCUGUCCCGCCACGGAAGGGUCAGCACCUCCCUGGCCAAGCUCUGGGUCUUUGUCACCGCGCAACUCUGACCCCUGCAUGCUGCCCUCGGGCGCCCCAGAGCUCGCCGGGCCUCGGCUGUGCCUUCUGCUUUGGCGUUUUCCCAAUAAAGUUUGGCUGGUGCACCGUU